UUCUGAGACAUAAGAAACUUUGCAUUGGAAACUAAAGAAUAAACCCAGGAAAACACAAAACUACGGAACAAUGUGACUCUGCAUGUAUCGCAUGCAUGCACUGGUGCAGUUAACAUGGGAGUAGCAUGAAGUUUACAACCUGAAAUAAAAGUGUGUUGGCAUAGAUGUGCAGCACAGGAAUGAAGAUGAUGUGGCGCUGAUGCUGCGAGUGCACAGCCAAAGGCAUUGUGUUUACAAUGGCUCUGAGAGUGUUGAUUAAGUUCAGACUGAAGUGUCGUUGUGUGGUGGCCUUCCUGUGUCUCUUCAUUCUGUCAGUGGUGAUGAUAUACACCCUUCCAAACUUCCCAUCUGAGCAGAGCACUGUGCACCUACUGGGGCCCCUCAAUAACAAACCCAGCAGGCUGGUGGAGAGGCGUUCCCUUAGACCUCAUCUUCAGAUGCCUUCAAAUAGACAGAGUGGAACCCGGAAAAACCCUGAAGUGAAGGAUUCCACCAAACAUCUCCUCAUGAUCAAUCAUCAUCAACUAUCAUUUUCCUCUGGGAAAACAGCAGAGGAAAAAGUUCAAGUAUCAAGUAAAAAUUCUCCAAAAAAUAGAGCAAACAAGAAAGAAGUGUAUCUGCAGAACAUAAACAAGCAUCUAUUCCAGCCAUUUGUGGCCACUGGCAACAGAGGGCAAGCCAUUAAACCAGGCAAUAGCAGAAACUUUAACCAAACCAUCCAUCUUCUCCACUCCAGACAUGACCCAGCAUUGCCUCAGUCCGCCAGCAUGCAAAGCCUCCACCCAAACAACAAGACAUGCAGGCACAAAUGCACUCCAGAUGGGGUGAAAGCAAAGAGCCUUUUGGGGCAGUUCACUCAAGCACAGCAGGUGGUAAAUCUGAAACAGUCCCCUGGAGAAGCAGCGACACAUGAAAGACAAGCAGAGCCCUCUGAGAGGAAGAGUUCCCAUUCUGGAGCUGAAAUCAAGGGUAGGAUUCUAGCAGGGGCUGGCAUGAGUGAUUUUGCCACUGACUGGUGUAUGACUGCACCCAAUGAGGCUUUCACUGAAGACUGGAACCAAACCAAAGCCGAAUCUCUGCCCUGGCUUAACGAGGAUGAUAUUAAAAAGAUGACGCUUCUCUCCAGAAACAGUGUGUUGAGUAAAGCCAGGCUUCCAGGCCAUGGACAAGUGCUUCAGGUUGGAUUCAGUGAUAGAAAUGCUUUUGCAGAGGGCAAUCAUAUCAAACAUUGUCAAAUGGGAGGCUGUGCGCUCAUUAAACAUCCCAAUGACUGGUUUGAGGUGUUUGCCUUUCACCUGGACAGGGUUUUGGGUCUAAACCGGAGCUUGCCUGCUGUCUUGAGGAAAUUCCACAGUGAUAUUUUACCAUAUAAGUACACCAAUGGGGCUCCCAGACCUGUGGUGUGGUGGGAUCCCAACAUUCGGCACUUGUCUGAUGCUGAGAAUGACCAGAACUCUUUCUUACUCACCUGGCCUCAAUACCAGACUUUACUGCAGAGCAAGUGUGGUACUCAGGUGCCUUUAAACUCCACUAGCUGUGUGGGAGUUCAUCACUCAGAAUGGGGGCGGCUGGCCUUGUUUGACUUUCUGCUGCAGGUGAAUGACAGACUUGACCGGUACUGUUGUGGAUUCAGACCAGACCCAUCAGAACUGUGUGUAGAAAACAUGCUGCAUAUUAAAUGUGGAAACCCAAGGGACUUAAAUCUGGUGCACAUUCUGGUUCGGAAGACAGAUCCAUCAAGAUUGGUCUUUAUUGACAAUGCUGGCAGACCUCAUCAACCACAAGACAACCUCAACUUCAGACUGGUUAAAGGUAUUGAUGAGUUUCCAGAGCAGGCCAUUUCAGUGCUACAGUCAGGCUGUCUAGAGAAGAUGCUCCUGCGGUCCCUUUCUGUGGAUCGUGAAUUCUGGGUGAGCAGAGGAGGACCAUCCAAACUCAGAUCUCUCAUCCAGCAUGUGGAGCAAAGAGCCAAGGCCUUGCUGCAACAUAUACAAGAGAAGAAACUGAAACUCAACACAGACAUAUGACUCUCUCAUGAAGAGAUUCUCUUAUACUGUAAAAAAACAAACAAACAAAAAAAAAAAAAUUACUGAAUGAAAGGUUUACAGAAAUCUUUUGCUCUGGUUGAUUUGAAUUGUCCAUAUUCAUUUAUGUGGGUGUUUCAAUGUGUGUUUGUUUUUCUGUUUAGAAAAUCAUGCAUUGCUAUGAACUCUAUGCCAGUAUGACUUUUCACUGUCAGGGAAAAAGUUGACACAAUCACAAAAACGUAUACUAAAAAACUAUAAUACAGUUGUCGCAAAACGGCACUUGGACACUUAAGCCAAACUUAAAAAUCUCAAUCUCAAAAAAUCAAUAUGUUUGACUUGAAUAUCUUUGUAUUAAAUAACAAAAUAUCAAAUCAAGUAGCAUUUAUUUUAAAGGAAGGUACCACAAACACACUUUUUAAACUAAGCAGUAUUUGGACACUUUCUGGCUGACAAGCUUAGUGGAACAUAGUUAUAAAUAGGUUACUCUGGUUAGACACCUGUGUGAACUUGAGAUGAACUGACUUUAUAUGUCCAGUUAAAAUGACCUUGAGACCAGCUGGCUGAAAGUCAUUGCAAAAAUGGUUUAGAAAGCUUUAAUGUUUGCAGGUACCACUUUGCUUUUAUAUUUUGUUUUCUAAUGCAUUGAAAUUCAUAGAUUUUUUUAACCUAAGUAUUCAAAUACUUUUUGGGGCCACUGUAUGUAUAAUAUAAAUAUGCAUUAAUCUAUGUACAAAAAGUCUAUGCACAGAAAUUCCUUUCAGUUGAUUGAUAUAAACUGUCCAGAUUAAUUUAUGUGGGUGUCUCGAAGUGCAUUUGUUUUGCUGUUAAGAUUAAGAAUGGCAUACAA